CAAUGUCACACGCCCCACGAGCGCACAGCGCCAACAACUCGACUGCCGUCACGCUCCACUUCAAGGAGCGAGGCUCGCGCACCCCUUUGUACCGCCCUGCCGCACUGCGACGCAAUGGUUCCGUCACGCGCGAGAUGUACGCCCACCCGUCGCCGCCGCUGUCGCCCUCCGUCGCCGCAACCGAGGCCAAGUCGUCGUCGUGGCUCUCGUCGCUCGUGUCGCCCACCGUCGACGCCCCCAAGCAGCACCUCGACGUGUCGUGCGUCCGCGGUCGCAUGCUCCCGAGGAGCCAGUGGAAGCGCGACGACGAGACCGACCAGUGCGCCGACCCCGACUGCUCGCAGCGGUUCGACCUGCUGAACCGGCGGCACCACUGCCGCACCUGCGGCGACAUCUUCUGCGCGUCGCACUCGUCGCGCUCGACCUUCCUGUGGCCGUCCGGCGGCGACGAUGCCGCGCCGGCCUGGACGCCUCGCGGCACCCCUCGCGCGACGCCCCGCUCGUCGGCCGUCGACCUGCCGUCGCUCGCCUACUCGGUGUCGCCCUCGGCGUCGGCCAUCUCGUGCGCGUCGAGCAACAACUCGUCGUCGACCGCCUCGUCGUCGACCCCGACCUCGUCCCCGCCGAGCAGCCUCCCGUCGCUCAUGCCCCUCUCGGCUCGCGUCUGCGACCGGUGCUACUUCUCGGUGCCGGACCCGUCGGGCGCGACGACGCCGCUCCUCACGCCCCCGGUACCCGGCGGCGGCGCGCCCAUCAACCCGUGGUCGUUCGCCGACUCGCUCUCGCGCCCCAUGACGCUCCGCCACCCGCACUCGCGCGCCUCGUCGGCCUCGCGCGCGUCGUCGCCCGCCCACUCGCCGCCCGGCGCGAGCGAGCGCUCGGGCAGCGCGACGAGGGGCGCCCAAGCGCGCUCGCGCCAGGGCAGCGCCACGUCGGGCUCGUCGUCGACGGCGCCCUCGUCGUCCGAGUACUCGACGCCGUCGACGAGCGUCGAGCGCCUCCCGGCCGCGCCCGGCUCGUCGUCGAGCGCCGGCACCUCGCCCGAGGAGCUCUGCAUGGCCCAGGCCGCCCUGCAGCGCCGCCGCAAGAACUCGCUCUCGCUCGCGUCGCGACGAGCGGCGAGCGCCUCGCGCGGUGUGGCGCCGCCCUCGAGCGCCCUGAGCGGCGCCGCCGGCGCAGGAGCGGGCGCGUCUGGCCUGCGCGCGUCGAGCGUCCCGCCGAGGCGGCAGGGCUCGAGCGCAAACCUCGCCGCGCCGCUGCCGCCGUCCUCGCAGCAGGCGUACCGGGCCCAGCAGGCGUCGGCCUCGGCGUCGAGGCACAAGCCGCACGCCGAGGAGGACGAGAGCGACGCGUCGACUGAGGUCGAGGACGACGCGCCGCGAGCGGCCGACUUUGCGCCGUUUGGGCCUCCUCGUGCGGGCGCGGGGAGCGACGACGACGAGAGCGACGACGAUGAUGACGAGCGGCACAACGAGACGAUCCGCGAGCGCAGGAGGAUGCAGCAGGAGUACGGCAGCGUCGGCAUGUCGUGGGCGACGUUUUGAGAAGGCGGCGCAUCGUCCUUCUCCCCUUCCCUCUCUCACUCUCUCUUUCCCUCCUGCCUUAAUCCUUGUCGUGCCACCUCGUCUGUGUCUCCCUCGUCCGUCGUCAUCGUCACAUAGACCUUAGUCCCCGCCUGUCUUUCCCCUUGUCGUCCUCGUCUACAUAUUCCUCGCCCCCCUUUCCUACUUCCCCUCGCGCCUCUCCCUGUGUGUGCACCCCUUCUCUCGCGACUCUUCUACGGCCUCUCUAGACGCUGUCUCUCUUCCCUUGGGUACAUCUCUCUCUCUCUCCUCGUGAUUGUCUGCCGAAUACUGCUCGCGUCGUCUCAUUCUC